GGACUGAGAUGGUGGUGGUGGAGUUGCCCGCGGCGUUGACGGCCGUGGUGGCCGCGCAGAGGCUGCUGGCUCUUCUCGCGCUCGCGAUGGAAGCUGUAAACAGCGGAGCAGAUAUCUUCAGCGAAGACCAGCAAGAAAUUAUCAAGCAAUUUGGCAGAAUCAAGUCUGAAACUGUCCCGGAGAACAAGGAUGGGUCAGAUGAUGAUGACGACGAUGAUGAAGAUGAGGAUGAUGAAACUGGCGAUGCUGACGCUGACGAUGAUGAUGCUGGGGAGGAUUUCUCGGGUGAAGAAGGGGGUGAGGAUGACGAUGAUGAUGAGGAAGCUGACCCUGAGGCCAAUGGUGAAGGGGGAAGCGAUGACGAUGAUGAUGAAGAUGGUGAGGACGGAGAGGACGAUGAUGAUGAUGAGGAGGAUGAAGACGAGGAUGAAGAGGAGGAGGAAGAUGAGGACCAGCCCCCAUCCAAGAAGAAGAAAUGAUCUGUCUAGCUGCUGCAUCUGUCCUUUCAGUAUCUGUUAGCUGUCUGCCUGUUUAGAUGAUGAUUUGGCAGGUCUGGUGCCGACCUGUGUAGCUUGUGGCUUUGGUUGUCGGGUCUCAUAGGGUAGGAGAAUGUUGAAACUCUGAUGCUAUCUCUUGUGUUGGCCAGUUGUGCAUGUAGUCUUAACUUUGCUGUGUUCUGUUAUUGGAGUUGUCAUACCUCGUUAUGCAUUCAAUCUAAUUCUUGUU